UUUACUUCUCGAGGCACUCAUAUAGGUUUCUACAUCAUUCACAAUGUGGUUUUGUUUCUCUAUUAAAUGCAGCUUACUUGGAUGAAUGUAGAUUUCCAUCAAAAUAUAUCAACAAGAUGGAACUAAUUUUAUCAAAGGUGGUACAUUAUCCGUUCAUCAUUACUAUUGCUACUAUGGUGGCAGCAUCCCCUUUAUUUGUAGAACUUCCUUCCAGCAAACACAAAGCGAGUCUUAUUGAAGCAAAGCUACAACAGUCUCAAACCAACGAAGGUACCAACAUUAUAAAUGUAAACAUAAAAAAUCCUGUUAUAAUAAUCACCAACAAAGAUUUUACGAGAAAUGAUACAGAUUAUGAAAAUGUAUUAAACAAAUUAGUAAAAAACUUUACUGCUGGACAAGAUUUAUCAAAACAGACUUUACCAGUUCCACAGAAUGACAGAGUAAUUGAAGUUGCAGAUUUAUUAGCAGAGAAUAUAACUUUACCAACAACACCAACACCACAUGUUUUCAACACAACAGAAAUUAAUAAUGUGAAAAAAGAAGUGACUAUCAAAAAUGAAACCGCAGUUCCAAACAUUGAGGAAGUACCCCACAAUACCAAUAUAGAAACAGAGAAUAUAACAGUAUCAACCAUUGCAACACCACAAGUGUUCAAUACAGCUGAAACCCUAGAAAAUAUUUCAUAUGAAACGACUGCAGAGCCUGAUAGACAAAUUCCCCACGUUGAGACAGCAACUGAAAGUUCCGAUUCACCAACAAAGAAUGUAUCAAUAGCAUCGACUCAAACUCCAAAGGUUUUAAAUAAAAAUGAAACCCAUGAAAAGAUUGCUGAGACUGAUACACCAGUUCCCCACGUUGAGACAGCAACCGGAAAUUCUGAUUUACCAACAGAGCAUGUAUCAAUAGUAUCAACUCAAACUCCAAAGGUUUUCGAUAAAAAUGAAUCCCAAGAAAAUAAUAAUAUUGAAAAGAUUGCUGAGACUGAUACACCAGUUCCCCACGAUAAAAAAGCAACUGAAAGUUCCGAUUCACCAACAGAGAAUGUAUCAAUAAUAUCAACUGAAACAUCACCAGAUUUCAAUAAAAAUAAAACCCUAGAAAAUAUUUCAUAUGAAACUACUGCAAGGCCUGAUAGACCAAUUCCCCACGUUGAAACAGCAACCGGAAGUUCUGAUUUACCAACAGAGCAUGUGUCAAUAGUAUCAACUCAAACUCCAAAGGUUUUAAAUAAAAAUGAAACCCUUAAAAAGAUUUCUGAAACUGAUACACCAGUUCCCCAAGAUAAGAAAGCAACUGAAAGUUCCGAUUCAACAACAGAGAAUGUAUCAAUAAUAUCAACUCAAACUCAAAAAUUUUUAAAUAAAAAUGAAACCCUUGAAAAUAUUGCUGAGACUGAUAGGCCAGUUCCCCUCGUUGAGGACAGCUACUGAAACUUCUGAUUCACCGACAGAGAAUGUAUCAAUAAUAUCAACUCAAAAUCCAAAGAUUUUAAAUAAAAAUGAAACCCUUGAAAAUAUUGCUGAAACUGAUACACCAGUUCCCCACGAUGAGACAACAACCGAAACUUAUGAUUUAUCAACAGAGAAAGUAUCUAUAGUAUCAACUCAAAUUCCAAAGGUUUUCAAUAAAAAUGAAACCCGUGAAAAUAUUGCUGAGACUGAUACACCAGUUCCCCACGUUGAGGCAGCAACCGGAAGUUCUGAUUUACCAACAGAGAAUGUAUCAAUAGAAUCAAAUCAAACUCCAAAGGCUUUCAAUAAAAACGAAACCCGUGAAAAGAUUGCUGGGACUGACACACCAGUUCCCCACGUUGAGACAGCAACCGGAAGUUCUGAUUUACCAACAGAGAAUGUAUCAAUAGAAUCAACUCAAACUCCAAAGGCUUUCAAUAAAAACGAAACCCUUGAAAAGAUUGCUGGGACUGAUACACCAGUUCCCCACGUUGAGACAUCAACCGGAAGUUCUGAUUUACCAACAGAGCAUGUAUCAAUAGUAUCAACUCAAACUCCAAGGGUUUUCGAUAAAAAUGAAACCCAAGAAAAUAAUAAUAUUGAACAGAUUGCUGAGACUGAUACACCAGUUCCCCACGUUGAGACAGCAACCGGAAGUUCUGAUUUACCAACAGAGAAUGUAUCAAUAAUAUCAACUCAAACUCCAAAAGUUUUAAAUAAAAAUGAAAAACACUUGAAAAUAUUGCUGAGACUGAUAGGCCAGUUCCCCUCGUUGAGGAAGCUACUGAAACUUCUGAUUUACCAACAGAGAAUGUAUCAAUAAUAUCAACUGAAAC